AUGUUCCUAAAGCUCCUCACUUCCGCUCUCCUCUUCUCUACCUUCAGCAAUGCACUGGCACCAGUUGGCCUGGGCACGGCUGCGGCCUAUCUGGUUCUUGGUGGCCAAGCAGUGACAAACACAGGCCCAACGAUUGUUGACAGUGGUGGCAAUCUUGGAGUCUCUCCGGGAACGUCUGUCACCAACUUCCCUCCUGGAGUAGUAGUUCCCCCAGGAGUAAUCCACAUUGCCGAUGCCAGCGCAGCUCAAGCACAGUUGGAUCUGGUGACUGCAUAUAAUGAUGCAGCUGGCCGGCCAUCUGCCACGCUGGAACCGACAGACCUUGGUGGUCUAACCCUUACUUCUGGUGUAUAUCAGUCUGUCCCAGGUAGAGGUCCAAUGACCAUUACAGUCGGUCGCACUCUCACGCUUGACGCUCAAGGAGACCCGAAUGCGGUUUGGAUCUUUCAAACCGACUCCUCCCUCAUUACUUACAGCGGGUCCCGAGUGCUGCUGAUCAAUGGUGCCCAACCUUGCAAUGUCUUCUGGCAAGUGGGAAGUUCUGCUACCCUUGGGACAACAAGCACUUUCGUUGGAACCCUCAUGGCACUCUCAUCUAUCUCGGCUCAAACAAACGCGGUAAUUCAAGGACGUCUUCUUGCACGUAAUGCGCAAGUGAGUCUGGACAGCAAUACAAUCACUCUUCCGAAUUGUGCCAUCAUCACAUCGACCACUUCCACAUCGACCACUUCCACAUCGACCACUACCCUAUCUACCACUACCACGUCGACCACUACGGCGACAGGGCCAAUCAUUACACUGCCUAUCAUAGGUCCCAUAGGUCCCAUUUUAGGCGGCGGCAUUGGCAACAGCGGUGGCAUCAGCGGCGGCAUCGGCAACCACAACGGUGGCGGCGGCGUCGGCAACGGCGGCGGCGGCAUCGGCAAUGGCGGCGUCGGCGGCGACGUCGGCAGCGGCAAUGGUAAUGGCAAUGGCGAGGGCAAGGGCAAGGAAAUAGGGAAUGGCAACAGUGUCCCAGUGCCCAUCAGCGAGCAUAACCACUACCACGACCAAGGUCAUGACCAAUAUGGAGCAGACAGCGAUCACUAUGGAACAGACAGCGAUCACUAUGGAACAGACAGCGAUCACUAUGGAGCAGACAGCGGUCACUAUGGAGCAGACAGCGGUCACUAUGGAGCAGACAGCGGUCACUAUGGAGCAGACAGCGGUCACUAUGGAGCAGACAGCGGUCACUAUGGAGCAGACAGCGGUCACUAUGGAGCAGACAGCGGUCACUAUGGAGCAGACAGCGGUCACUAUGGAGCAGACAGCGGUCACCAAUAUGAUCGAACGGCAAACAUGGAGGAUGUGCAGGAGGCAAUCCAGCACGCCCAGGAAGCUGCUAACGUAUACAAUGCACGCCAUUAA